AAACAGCAAUGACCGUGACUGACACGUUUUGUUGAAGGAAAACGGAUCAAUUUCGGGUCAUCAGUGGCAAACGGAGUUCACGGCAUAAAUACUUCUUAUUUCGUUCUUCAGCUUCACACACAAGUAGGCCUACAACUAUGAUACAAGGUGAAACUGGUGCUUUGGCUAAUAUAUUACUUGGAGCAGGGUAUUGGUGUGUGGUGUGUGAAGAGACCACAAAGGAAAAGCAACUUUUAGCGCUUAUUUUUGACUUGCGUGCUACAGGAGACAGUGCAGCUAGCUAAACUAAUUUUGUUGUCGUUAUCUACAUGAGGGGAACUAUGCGCCUAAGUAUCUGAGGUUAACUAGUCUCUAGAUCAAUCAACAGAAAUAGAAACAACAGAAUAAAAAAUAACACUUAGGUGGCUGAAAUUGGUUACUUGCAUUGGUGUUGUAAAUUCCUAGGACUGUGGCUUUUUGCGAGCCACCUACCUUGCUGACCGGUAACCCAGCUGGCUAGUUUGCUAACCUCAGCAGCUCUAUAUGGAGCCUUAACAGGAAACGAUCAUCUUAACGUUGUAUUAAUCCAAACAAAGGUGCCUUGAGGCUAAUGCAAGGAAGCUAUCCUUACCAUAUUCUAAACCGUCAAGAUGCAAGCAUUUCGUCAUUGUUCGACUGCGGGCUUUUUACAUGCACGGACCGACUUCCUACUUCCCCAUUCCAGUAUGGCAGCGUUCAGGAGAAGCGUCAUGUCUGUUGCUUUAAGUGUUUUACUUGCAGAUGCACUUCCGGCGUUCUGAGCAGCAGUAACAUCACCACACGCAAGCGUCUGUCAGGACUUCCCACCGUGAUUCGGAAGAACUGGAUUACCCUGUGCACAGGCGGCGGGCUAUGCGCUGUCCCGUUCUCGCAGCAGCAGGCGGAGGGGCUCUCCCACGAGGCUCUGAUUCGCAGGGCUUCCUCCUUGGUGACGGACAGCGUUAACACUUUCCUCUCCCAGACCACCCUGGCCCUGGUGGACUCCCUCACACAGUAUGUCAAGGCUGCCCACACGCUCAUGGCCUUGCAGAAGCGCUAUGUAUCUGUCAUCAGUAAACUGAGCCCCGAAGAAGAAGAGGCCAUAUGGCAAGUGAUCAUUCGCCAGCGUGAGGAAGUGAGUGACAGACGACAGGAAUGCAGGCGUUUUGAGUCGAGCUGGAUGAAUGCCAUUAACCUCUCCGAGAUGGCAGCUGAGACAGCAUACAAUGCAGGGGCAGACCAGGCGUCCGUCACUGCACGGACCAACCUGCAGGUGGCGCAGGCACAUGUGGAGCAGGUACGGCAGCUAUCGCUGGAGGCGGAGAGGAAGCUGGCAGAGACCAAGGCAGAGGAGAUGGAGAGGAACACGCAGUUUGCCUCCAAGACUGUAGAUGAGGACAUUCCAGAGGCCUACCUACGGGAGGAUUAACCUCCUUCACCCUUUUGAAUACCUCACACACUAUUAACCCUCAGUAAUUGGCCCCUUUACUCUCAAUUCUGUCCUCAAACGCACCACUCAUAUACUCUGCCCCUACUGUAACACACACCAUGCCUGUUUCUCUCAGUUGCCCAAGGUUACCAGUGGCAACAUCUAGCAUAUCCUAUAGGUAGUUCACGUAACUGACUUUAGCAAAAUGCCAUAUAAAUGUUGACACUGCUUCCAGUGUUAGCAUUCUGAACUGAAGCAAUAAAGCUGGAACAAAACUGCAUUUAUGGGACAACAGGAAAAGAGACGGUUUAUUUCAGGAGGAUGUCAGUGAUUGAAGUGACUUUUUGACAUUACAAGUCCAAACUUGAAAUAUAUGCCAAUGUAAGUGUUUUGGUGUAAUCUUGUCAAGAAACAUAAGGGAGAAAAUUAUAAGUGCAAUUGUAUUUAUCACCAAUUCUGUUUUUUUCCCCUUUCUACACCAAAGGCUAAAACAGAUCAGAUACUUUAAUCUAUUGUAGCCUCAGAAUGUUGUGUGAAGACUAUCAUGAAGUGUGCUGUGGUGUGGAGGUGACACUUCUGAACUAUUUUUAGGUGUAUGUUUGAGAUUUGCUUGUAUGUAAAUUCUAAAUGUGAAUUAAAUAUUUGGAACAUA